ACGUUUCCAUUCCACCGCCUUCCCCACUUUAUUUCUCUGUCUCUCUCUUCUCAAGCUCCACCACCAUUACCAGUUUACCACCACCCACAAAAAUCUCCAAAACCCCGAAUCCCACAAAAUUUUUACAGAUUCAUCUUUCCACCGCCUCCCCCCCUUUAUUUCUCUCUGUCUCUCUCUUCUCAAGCUCCACCACCAUUACCAGUUUACCACCACCUACAAAAAUUUCCAAAACCCCGAAUCCCACAAAAUUUUUACAGAUUCAUCUUACUUCCAAAUUUGCUCCAAUUCUUCUUGUUGUACUCCCAAUCUGAAGAUUAUGAUCAAUCCCAAUGAAAUUACGAGUCUUACAAUCACAACCCUCAAGAAACCUCAACUAAUUAUGAUGGGUUGCACUAGCAGAAGUGAUGGAAUGAGGAUGGCAACCGGUGGGAGAAAGAAGAAAUCAUGUGGGUGAUUUUGUUGUCUGACUCGCGAGUUGACUCGGCCAAACUCGGUAAGUUUUACUGAUUUCUUAUUGAUUUGAGUUGACUCGGUAAAUAUCGACCGAGUCAAUCCGAGUCAACUCGGAUUCCGGUGAAACGGCAAUGCGGGUGUCGGUAUCGUACCGGUGAGCCCCGUUCCGGUUAUGACUCGGCCGAGUCAACUCGGACUCGGCCGAUUUGGCGAACCAUGAUUGGACCACCAUAAGUUCUCAAUUGCCUGGUUACCACCACAAAGCCAGUGGCGCAAUCUUCGUAAAGUAUGCAAAGAGCAUAUCUUUUCAUCAGAAAGGCUCAACGCCAGUCAAGGGCUCCGCCAACAAAAGGUUCAGCAACUGUGCAAUUAUGUAGGCCAACGCUGUCUCAAUGGACAGGCCAUAGAUAUUGGUGAAGCUGCCUUCUCAACAACUCUCGACUUGAUGUGGAACACUUUCUUCUCGGUUGAUUUUGCACAAUCCGAUUCUAUAUCUAACUCUUUCUCGUCUCAAGAGGUGAAAGAAAUGGUACGGAAUGCGGUCAAAAUUUCUUCUUGUCCUAAUCUCGUGGACUGUUUUCCCAUCCUCAGAGCAAUUGAUCCGCAGGGCAUAAGGCGCAGAGCCAAGGUACAUUUGGGAAAGUUUCUUGAUAUUAUAGAUGGUAUCAUUCGUCAGAGAUCACAAGAAAGAGACACAUCCAACACUUAUCAAAGGAAAAAUGAUUUCUUGGAAGCCCUUCUUGAUCUUAAUCAGCAAAAUGAAUCUGUAGACAUGAAACAUUUGAUUAUGGAUUUAUUCGUUGGAGGGACAGAAACAAGUUCAAUCAGCGUGGAGUGGAUAAUGGCAGAGUUACUACGCAACCCUGAAAAAAAAUCAAAAGCUAGGGACGAGAUCAGGAAAGUUAUUGGACAAAACGAGCUGGUUCAAGAAUCAGAUAUCUCAAAUCUCCCUUACUUGCAGUCGGUCAUUAAAGAAACCUUUCGUCUUCGCCCUACUGUCCCAUUCCUAGCUCACCAAGCUCAAAGUGACACGCAACUCAAUGGAUACGUGGUGCCAAAAAAUGCUGAUGUAUUUGUUAACUUGUGGGGUAUGGGCAGGGAUCCAAGCUUGUGGUCAGAUCCUACUUCAUUCGUGCCUGAACGUUUCAUGGAUGGUGAGAUUGAUAUGAAGGGCCAGCAUUUUCAGCUCCUUCCCUUUGGCACGGGAAGAAGAAUUUGUGCUGGACUACCACUGGCCGAUCGAAUGGUGCACCUUAUGGUGGCUUCUUUGCUUCAUAAAUUUGAGUGGAAGCUUGAAGAAGGGAUCAAACCAGAAGAAAUUGACAUGACCGAAGAGUUUGGAGGUACAAUACGCAAGGCAGUGCCCCUUAAGGCUAUUGCUCUUUCGGAACCAUAAUGUAAUGGUUAUUCAGCAAUCUUCAGCUAAACCUGUCUCAAUCAUGAAAGUCCAAGACAGGAGAGGAUCCAUAUUUGCCUUCACUUGUCACAGACAAUCCAAUAAUUAUUGAAACGCAUAGCAUGUUAAAGUUUAAUACAGCAACGAAUAUAGGUAUCGUUCUAUCAAUAUCUAAUAAUGGUAAGAAGCAAAGUUUUAAAACUCUGCUCGGGCUGCUCAAUCGAACCGGUUGAACCAUCAAUCUUGUUGUUGUUCGAGCUGGUUGACGUCCAACCCUGGAAGGUUCAGAAAACCGCUUUAAAUGUUGCAGUAAAAUAGUUAACUCGUCCGGUAUUGGACUGUUCAUCUGAUGAAUUGGAACGGUUUUUUAUUAAACCAGUUCGGUUCUUGACUUGAACAUUUUAUGCCUAG